AUUUAGGUAAGCAAACAUGGCUGGCCGUCUUGUCGCCUGACCUUCUGUGUUUUGUAACGAAUUUUCUGCUUCGUCACCGAGUGUUCCCAAAGUUUGACCCGAUGCAACGGGUGAGAGGUUAUUAACGUAACACCCAGGCCCCACCAGUCACCACCAACCUAGAAGAAACCCCCGUGUAGGUGCUGUAAACUUCGGAGUAAGAUUUCCUGGCUCUUGUGUUGUUCCCCCAGCUUCCGAGAAGACGACGACUUUUCCCUGGUUUUUACGGGUCUGUGGACCCGUUUUUGGACAGGACUGCUUCUUUCAACAUGCCAGGGGGACUCAGGUUUUCAUACCGUCCGUUAAGACGGAUUCUGUGCGUGGCCAGACCACAGAAAACAGCAACACUGAGAAUAUGUAGCCAUCAGCCGUCCAUGCUGCUCGCCGUGUGUGUGCCCAAGCGGCUGUUCUCGCUUUCUGCCGCCGGGUUCAGAAGUGGCGGGGCCAGCAAGGACGGCUCGGGGGACGGGGGAAGGGAACCGACCAAUGGCAACAACAAGGGGAGUGGGGACAAGAAUGGGGGGGACAAGAAGGGACAGCUGUGCUGUCCAAAAUGUGGAGACCCAUGCACACAUGUGGAGACAUUUGUCUCUUCUACUCGUUUUGUGAAGUGUGAAAAGUGCCACCACUUUUUCGUGGUUCUGUCAGAGAUGGACUCUAAGAAAAGCCUGAAGGAACAAACUGCUGAAAGACAAGGCAAGACGAAGAAACCACCACCUGCACCAAAAAAGAUCUUUGAAUACCUGAACAAGUAUGUGAUUGGCCAGGACCAAGCUAAGAAGGUGUUAUCUGUGGCUGUGUACAACCACUACAAGAGGAUCUUCACCACGUCCCCCGCCCCCUCCAGCAGUGGUCCUACUGUCCGAGCUCAGACCGUGGACUCAAUAGAACGGCAGUCAGGAAACACACAGGCUACCUUCACUCCAAGAGAGCUGCUGCAGAUAGCAGGUAUCAGCCAUGGCAGUGCCCUGGGGCCCAACCUGCACCAGCAGACACCUCCUCCAGAACAGGAGAAACGCUCGGCCAGCGACAUCCUGGACUCCACGUCUGAGGAGAUCCGACUGGAGAAAAGUAACAUCCUUCUGUUGGGACCCACAGGAUCGGGAAAGACCCUGCUUGCUCAAACCCUUGCGAGAUGUCUGGAUGUGCCGUUUGCCAUCUGUGACUGCACCACACUGACUCAGGCUGGCUAUGUGGGGGAAGACAUUGAGUCUGUCAUCGCUAAGCUCUUGGCUGAUGCUAACUACAAUGUAGACAAGGCACAACAAGGUAUUGUUUUCCUGGAUGAGGUGGACAAGAUAGGCAGUGUUCCUGGUAUCCACCAACUCAGGGAUGUGGGAGGGGAGGGGGUGCAGCAGGGUCUGCUGAAGCUGCUAGAGGGAACUGUGGUGAAUGUUCCCGAGCGAAACACAAGAAAACUGCGAGGGGAGAGCGUGCCAGUCGACACAACCAACAUCUUGUUCGUAGCAUCUGGAGCGUUCAAUGGGCUGGACAGAAUCAUCAGCAGGAGACGGCAUGAGAAGUACCUUGGUUUUGGUGCUCCUGCCAACAUCAGCCCUGGCCGGCGUGCCGCCACAGCCUCAGAUGUCCAGAGCAUGACGGAGGGAACCAACGCACAGGCAGAUAAUGAGGAGAAGGACGCCAUGUUGGCCCAUGUGCAGGCACGCGACCUGAUUGAGUUUGGGAUGAUUCCCGAGUUCGUAGGAAGGCUUCCUGUGGUGGUGGCACUACAGAGCCUGAGCCAGGCCAUGUUGGUCAGGAUCCUGACCCAGCCCAGGAACGCUCUCAUCCCACAGUACCAGGCACUGUUCCAGAUGGACAAGGUUCAGUUGGAAGUGUCUGAUGAUGCUCUGGAGGCCAUCGCACAGCUGGCUCUGGAGAGGAAAACAGGAGCAAGGGGACUCAGGGCCAUCAUGGAAACUCUCCUGUUGGACCCCAUGUUUGAGGUGCCUGGUUCAGACAUAGUCGGGGUCAGACUUGAAAAGGAAGUGAUUUUGGGACAGAAGCCAGCACAAUAUUUCAGGGCCCCACCUUCAGAGUUUGAAUAUGAAGGAGAAGACGAUGAAAAACUUCAAGCCCAAAACCCUUAGGACAAUCCAACCUCAUAGGUGAACUAUUUCAACAUGCAGACUCUAACAUGGAGAAAACAUUGUAUGAAGCCAUACCAACUCCUACAGGUAUAACCAAAACUUUACAGUUAAGGCAGAAUGGUACUGGUAAAAAGCUUCAAGGAAUCCUUGAUCAUGUAGAUAGCACAGGAUCCUAUCAUUCUGUGAGGUUACGUGUCAAAAGCCUAAAGGACUUGGCUGGAAUGGAUUCUGUGGCCCAUUUUAUAUUCACUGUGUGAAAGGGAAGAGGCUGAUAAGAAUGAUCCCAGAGCAAUAAUUACACAAAACUUGACAGAUACAUUCUAAAAUGUAAGAAGAGAUAAGUCUUUGACAAUUGAUAAGACUUGUCACAAGGGCAAUCACAUGAAAGACUGAUUAGAUACCUGAUUUUUCAUCUUGUGAUUCGGCAACCUAACUUGUAUCAGGAAAGAAAGGAAGAAACAUUUUAGCUUGAAGGAUGGUACCUUUUAAGUUUCCAGUGGUGUAAGUGAUUGCCCAGUGAAAGUGUUAAAAAGAAUUGGGAUUUAUGGAGAUGGUUUUUGGGGGUGUUGCUUUAUUUGGAAUAUCCAGAUUCCACUUGAUCAAUUGAACCAUGGGUACUUUCAUUUAUGUUUUUAAUGUGCAAAUAUCAUCCUAUCAGUCAGUGUUUAAACUAAAAUGUGUAAAGCAUAAAGGCAAGUGCAUGCUCAAAACCUAGAUGUUCAAAAGAACAAGACUUUGAUACGAAGUACCUGUACAAAAUGUUUUGUUAAUACCAGCUCUCGUACCAGUAUGAUAACACACCACUUUAUACUUCAAGAUGUAAAAACAGUGUAAAGUUAGUAUACAUGAAAUACUUCCUGUAAGAUAGCCUGCCUUGGAAACAGUUUAUAAAUCACUGCCUUCUCUCCCCUUCAGAAGUGCUAUAUAGCACACCAGGUCAGAUCCAUAAUGCUUAGAUUGGAUCUACAACUGACAUAAAGGUAGCUAACAUGAAUUUGAAUGAUGUGCACUUAUAUUUGUGACAACCACUUUUCCUUUGUUCUAGUCUAUUGGACUUUCACACAGGUGGGAAUGGUUUUGUUUGUGUGGUACAAUACAUCUGGGAAGAAUAUUAUCUGUAUCAGGUGACAGCACCAGCCUGGAACGCCAAGGCCGUUGUCUACAUUUGCUGUCUGCAGUUUCAAUACACUGCAAAUUAAGCUACAUCAGUAUCGUCAUGUACAGCAUCUUUAAUUAUGUGUAUAGUGGGAGUGAAAAAUUAUUUUGAUUAGACUUGCCUUUGGCAUCUUGGUGAGAUGGACACUGUCAGUAGGUCAUAUACCAGUACCACCAUAUACAAAUGUAUUAUCUGCUAGGUUUGUCAUACAGUGAUAUCAGUAUGUGCAUAAGAUUAUUACACAGUAGCUGACAGGUUUUUAAAACUUGGUAAACUUUGUGUUGAGACAUGGCCAACAAUUGUCUGAAAACAAAUUAAAAGGUUGAUUACUAUGGACUAGAAAGGCCUUAUUUCCAUUAUGGCAUCUAGACAAAUGCUUUUGUUGUUACACGAUAUCUGUAAUAAAGACAUAUUUAGAAUUACUAGAAUUUUUAGGGGUUAGUCAGAUAAAUAAUUCUGGCCUAUGAAGUGAUUUGGAAGAUGGUGUAAAAAUAAAUGUACAUGUAUGGUACAAAUUCCAA